AUUCCCUGCUCGCUCCUGUAGACUGUAGCGCUACCUGUGUCUGUGCCGGUGCUGCCGCGAGAUGGCGGCGGCGAGGAGCCGGAAGGAGGAGGAGGACGAGAUGGCGCUGGAGGACGGCGACAUCGACGAGAGCCCGCGCGACAGCUUCCGCGACGACGACGACGACUCCGAGGACGGCGACAUGGGGGACGAGGAGGAGGACGAGCUGGACGAGGACGGCGACGGGGUCGGCUCCUUCGAGUCCCGCCAGUGGCCGCAGAGUUACAGGGAGACAACUGACACCUACACAAUUGCUGCAUCUCCGAUCUUCGGUUACCUGGGUCCUUCGACGAGCAAGUACUCAAUUGAUGGUGGCCGUAGUAGUCUGGCUUCUGACUCGAAGUUACCUCUUAUCUCGGAUAAACUAGAAUCUGUCAAGAGCCUGCGAAGACAUCUUCUCGGUUCAGCUAGAGAUGACAAACUCUCGUUUCAGUAUACCGGUGAAAUCUACGUCGGCCAAGGAUGCAGUGUUACACAGACUGUCUUCAAUGGCAUUAACGUACUUGCUGGUGUUGGCCUUCUUUCCACUCCCUUCACAAUUCAUGAAGCUGGAUGGGCUGGUCUUGCAGUUCUAUCCCUUUUUGCGAUAAUUUGCUGUUAUACUGGAGUACUUCUGAAGCACUGUUUUGAGAGCAAAGAUGGCAUUUCAACCUAUCCAGACAUCGGGGAGGCUGCCUUUGGAAGAAUUGGCCGCUUGAUCAUAUCUAUUAUUUUGUAUACCGAGCUAUAUUCAUAUUGUGUGGAAUUCAUUAUUUUGGAAGGUGAUAAUAUGACAUCUAUCUUUCCUGGCGUUGAUCUUAAUUUGUUUGGGAUUCAUAUCGACAGUAAACAUUUCUUUGGAGUGUUAACUGCUCUUGUAGUCCUUCCCACAGUAUGGCUGCGAGAUCUUCGUGUGCUCUCAUACCUUUCAGCGGGAGGUGUGAUUGCGACUCUUGUGGUUUUCGUAUCUGUUGCUUUAGUUGGCACUACUGAAGGUGUAGGGUUCCAUCAGACUGGGGAAGCAGUAAAGUGGAGUGGCAUGCCCUUUGCUAUCGGUAUUUAUGGUUUCUGCUACUCUGGACAUUCGGUAUUUCCAAACAUCUACCAGUCAAUGUCAGAUCGCACAAAAUUCCCUAAGGCACUGUUUAUAUGCUUUGCGAUUUGCACAGCAAUAUAUGGCUCGUUUGCUAUUUUUGGCUAUCUCAUGUUUGGUGACAAGACUCUGUCACAAAUAACUUUGAAUCUUCCAAAAGAGUCAUUAGCCUCGAAAGUUGCGCUGUGGACCACGGUCAUCAAUCCUUUCACCAAAUUUGCCUUGUUGUUAAACCCAUUGGCUCGGAGUUUAGAGGAGUUGCGCCCUGAGGGAUUUUUGAACGAAACAAUUGUCGCUGUCAUACUGAGGACUGGCCUUGUUGCAUCAACUGUUGUCAUUGCCUUUAUUCUGCCAUUCUUUGGUCUGGUGAUGGCUCUGAUUGGAUCUCUUCUUAGUAUACUUGUGGCAAUCAUAAUGCCCGCCUUGUGCUUCUUGAAGAUCACACAGAAUAAAGCCACACGUGCACAGGUCAUCGCAAGCAUUGUUAUAAUAGUAGUCGGUGUCAUCAGUGCUGCCCUCGGAACGUACUCUUCGGUAGCCAGAAUCAUCGGGAACUACUGAUUUUUCCAAGGCAAUCUCUCCGACAGCUCCCAGUACCAUCACUCUGCUGCUAGAGCUCUUGCUGUGUAUCAUCCAGUUUUACCCAGUUCUGUGUACAUCCUUCGACCUACUAUAGUCGAUUAUAAAGACCA